AUGGCCGUGGAUAAAACAUACGAUUUUAUCAUCGUAGGAGCUGGAACAGCAGGCUGCCUCCUCGCGCACCGCCUCUCCCACAGCCCUGCAAAACCUUCUGUACUUGUUCUCGAAGCCGGCGCGCAACCUGAAGGCGAGUACCUCCGCGCACCUUUCCAUCGUUUCCUCGCUGCAGCCCUACGCCCGGAUCUCGACCAUGGCUACGUCUCUGAACCUGAGCCCACCCUCAACGGCCGCGAGAUCACAUACACACGCGGCAAAGGACUCGGGGGUUCUUCUAUCCUGAACUUUGGCGUCUACCUCACCGGAUCCAGUGAAGACUACAACCGCUGGGCAGAUCUUGUGGGCGAUGAGACCUGGCGCUGGGAGUCUGUGCAGAAAAGCUUCCACGCGAUCGAGAAUUACGGGUUUGGAGACGCCAAAGCGUACUCUGGGCUUGCGCAACCAGGGAAGGAGCACGGGACAAAGGGGCAGUUGAAGGUCGGGCUACCGGCGGCGCUGGAGGAGGGUGUGGUGCCGCAGAUGCAGGCGUUGAGGGAGGCGGGCGAGAAGAUCAACUUGGACCCAAACUCAGGGAAUCCGGUCGGGGUCAGCGUGUUCCCGAAUAGCUAUAGUAAGGUCGGUAGGUCCACGAGUGCGGGAGCCCAUUUGCUGGAUCCCCCCGACAACUUGGAGAUUUGGACAGAUGCUACGGUGCAGAAACUGGUGUUCCAGGGGGAUAGAGUAGUGGGUGUUGAGACGAAGGAUGGACGCAAAGCAACGUCGAGCAAGGAAGUCAUAUUGUGCGGCGGUGCAAUCGAUUCGCCCAAACUUCUACUACAAAACGGCAUUGGUCCUAAGCAGGAACUCGAAGCGCUGGGAAUCGACGUGAAGAAGGAUCUUCCAGGUGUCGGUAAGCAUCUUCAGGACCAUGUUCUGUCCUUCAUGAGUGUCGAAACGGAAGGUGCAUUCAACGGACGCUAUGCCUUCGAAUCCAACCAGAAGCUACUCGACGAGGCAGCAGCAGCUUGGGAAAAAGACCAAAGCGGCGCAUUUUCACUGCAGCAAAGUGUCAUGUGGGGUGGAUUCCUCAAGAUUCUCGGCCUAGAAGAAAUGCCCGAGUACAAGGCUCUCCCCAAGGAUCACCAAGAAUACCUGUCUCGAGACGCGGUACCAACAUACGAGUUUAUUAACAACGGCCUGCUCUGGCCGCCAGGCACCCAACUCGAGGAGGGCAAUAGCUACAUGACAUGCAUAGCGUUCUUAAUGAACCCGCAGUCUGAGGGCUCGGUCACUCUGCGUUCAUCCAACCCGGAUGACAAACCUAUCAUCCACCUAAACUACCUCACGCACCCAUACGACAAACGCAUCAUGCGCGAAGCCAUCCGCGCGACGUGGACGAAACUCGUACUCAACCCGACGUUCGCGCCAUCGAUUCGCAGGACGAUCUGCGGCCCCAAGUCAAUGUCAGACGAGCAUGUUGACGAGUUCAUGACGGAAAAUGCGGGCACGGUCUGGCACGCAAACGGAACGGUGGUGAUGGGCAAGCCUGGUGAUGCGAAGACGUGCGUGGACUCGAGUUUCAGGGUUCUUGGGGUGAAGAAUUUGAGAGUGGCGGAUCUGAGUGUCUCUCCUCUGACCACAAACAAUCACACUCAACCGACGGCGUAUCUUAUGGGACAGAAGUGUGCUGAGAGACUGAUUGAGGAAUACGGGUUGGGCGAGAAGUCACGGCGGCAUGUUGGGGUUGGUACACCGAAGGUCUAGGGCUCAAGCAGAGGUGGGGGAUAUGGGUUUGUGAGCCUCAAGAAGUAUCAAAAUAGUAUCUAGUAGCAAGAGGAGUGACGGAGUGACGAGAUUCGAAUGUUGUUACUCAGUCUUUACAGGAAGAGGAACACGAUGACUGAUUUACACAUCAUGCUUUCCUUCUGUUUCCAGUUACUAAUAGAACUCUAUCUUCAAAACCAGCAAGCGUUGGAGAUUAAGGCGGGGUUCGUCUUAUUCAGUGCAGCGUUGAGAGGCAUCAGAAUGCGUUGGUGCAUACCAAGUUGUAACAGUCCUCAGUCGUUCGUUCCUACCCAAUCCGGCAAGCACGCACGGCUCGGG